GCAAUCCGUGUAUACAAUGUAAAUUAUUAGUUUAUCCUGUAUGAUGUAGUUGCGAUUGAGGUGUGCGGUGUGUGUGGUGCGCGAUUUCCCGCGGAGUGAUGUCAGUAGCUCAUGGUAACGCGUCCGAUAAUGCGAGGAAAACAGGGUUCUUUGAGGAUAGCACCGAUAGCGAUAAUGACGCGGAAAGAAAAGCCCUCCUCAGGAGGGUAUCGACGAGCAAAUGCGUCGGCAGAUUGCCUAUUGUCAAGGAGGGUUAUCUGAUGAAGCAGACGCGCAGCUUCCAGCGAUGGCAGCGCCGCUAUUUCCGGCUCCGCGGCAGGACUCUGUACUACGCCAAAGAGAAGGACAGCCAACUGUGGGACGAAUUCGAGUUAGAGGACGCAACUUUUGCCGAGUGUGGCAACACCAACACGAACAACGGAUUUGAGGUGAUAACUGCGAGCCGUUGUCUGGUCCUCUGUGCCGACACUCGGAGCGAGAUGGAGUCCUGGGCUGAUGCAGUGCGUGGCGCCCUCCACCGGGGUGCUGACGUCGCUGACCUCGUCGCGAGGCUGUCCUCCGGAGACCAUCACUGGUACGCAGCGACGCACGCGCGUCCGACGUUCUGCAACGUUUGCAGGGAGCCACUCGGCGCCCUGGGGACCGCUCACGCGCUCGCCUGCGAGCUUUGCAAGUUUAAAGCGCACAAGAGAUGCGCCUCCAGAGCGCCACCGUCCUGCAAGUGGAGCACGCUGGCGUCACUCGGCCCGCACCUCGUCGAAGACGCUGACGGGAGCAUAAUAAUGCCGCACCAGUGGCUGGAGGGGAACCUACCGGUUGCUGCCAAAUGUGAUGUCUGUGAUAAAACUUGCGGAUCAGUGCUUAGGCUUCAAGACUUCAGAUGCGUCUGGUGCCGGAAAUGUGUCCACGCUGCCUGCAAGCCUGGCUGGAGAGCGCCCUGUGCCCUGGGACCAGCGAGAGCGUCAGUGGUACCACCGACUCGUCUGCAUUCGGUCGGACCUGACGACGCAUGGGUACCGGAUCGUCCGCCUAACGCCUCGCCGCUCAUUGUAUUCGUUAAUUCUAGAUCAGGCGACAACCAGGGCGUGAAAUUCCUGCGUCGUUUCAAGCAGCUACUGAACCCAGCGCAGGUCUUUGAACUGAGCGGCGCCGGUCCCAGAAUGGGGCUCAGGCUGUUCAGGCAUUUCGCUCCGAUCAGGGUGCUCGUGUGUUCUGGUGACGGCUCAGUGGGCUGGGUACUCCAGGAAGUUGACAAGCUUGAGAUGCACAAACAAGUUCAAACUGCGGUUCUGCCCCUGGGCACUGGCAAUGACCUAGCUCGGGUCCUCGGCUGGGGCGCCUCGUGCGAUGACGCCGCCAACCUGCAGCAGCUCAUCGAGAGAUACGAACGCGCGUCCACUAAAAUGCUGGAUAGGUGGUCGAUAAUGACAUUCGAGCGUUCAUUAUCAGCGCCGCCUCCUCCACCAGUACCACCGGACCUGCUGGAGGAAUCCGCGCUCCUAAAGAACUUGCACGACAUCAUGCAGCCAGGUGAAGUGAGUUGCCUGGCGAGCUCGUCCCUACGGGCGGGGUGCGUGCGGCUGGCGGCGGCCGGGGAGAGGGCGGGGGGAGGCGCGGCGCGGGCGGCGCACCGCCUCAAGCGUGCCGUCUCGCUCCUACUCCACGCGCGGGCGCAUCUAGCUCACGACCACGGACGAUGCAAGUUAUGGGAGCCCUUGGAGACGACAAGCGACAGCGAACCUGAGACCCAACCGCUCGCCGAAAAGGGCAGCAUUGAUAAGACUGAAAAAGAGCAGUUGAACUGGGCCGCGCGUGGGUGUGCACUGGCGGGUCGCGCGGACAGUGUGCGGAAGGCGUUGCGGUCACUGGUGAGGACCCUGUCCCUAAUAUAUCCCCAGGGCGUUGGACCACCUGAGGCGGACUCCUGUGAUACGUGCGAGAGUUCGUCGGGCGCGACGGGUAUGGCUGCGGUAGAGGCGGCCGCGGCGGUCCCGGCGGACAUCCCGGUGGCGUCACUGUCAUUGCCAGUGCCACGCGCCUUCGCCGACUCUCGCCGUUCAUCUGCCGCUUCGGCUAUAUCUGCCGCUUCUAUGCAACCUGACAACAUUCCAGACGUAGAUGAAGACAUAGUAAAAUUAAUAAGCUCAAAUCCAUCAGAUUCAUUCAAUUUGGAAGUUGAGAAACCGGACCGUAAUAAAACCAGCUCCGCUUCACCCCAGGAUCUGCUGUCGCUGUCUAACCUCUCCUCAUGCGACACCAGCUCGUGUCGGAACCUCUUCCGGCCAGACGAUCGUACGUUUGACAACAGCAGCCUCACGAUACCCAAUCUAGUGAUUUCCGAUGACAGUGAUAAACGAGAUUCGAUCAUACAAGGAGACACAUAUGAAUCGGAACAAUUGACCAUCAUAGACAUUGAUAAGCCGUACACAGACGAGAUACAUUUUCAAGAGCUGAGCGCCCGAGUGAGUCCCGCCAGCGGCGAGUGCUCUCCCGACAGGCGCCUCUCUAGUGUCGACCUCGAAAUAGAAGGGAGCAGCUCCGAAGGAUCCAACAUCAGUGAUGACUUCAGCUUAAUGUCCGAGAUUAUAGACAUAAAGCCGGGCGAUAUAGACGAAGCCGGAUGCAUAGGACAUAUCGACUCGCCUGAAGCAUCCGAAACCACAUAUGUCAACUCGGAGACGCUACACGGAGAAUCUAUCAUGGACGACAUCAGUUCGAUGCUGGGACAAGAAGUGCUAAUGGCUAUGAUGGGAAAGAACGGUGACAAUGAAACGUAUACAGACGAUACAACCCUUUUCACUUCAGACACCGUCUCUGACAUAGUUAUGGACAGCAGAAACCCCAGCCUCGAGAAGAAUGAAGGCAAAAACAAAUACAUAUCUAAAAUAAAGAAGAAAGAGGGAGAAGUAGAGAAAUUCGGCUUCGAAAAUAGAGUAUUCUACAUUGAAAACGUUGCGAAAGUAGAAGAUCAAAUCAAGUACUGCAGCUUGGCGCAGUUUGAAGAGGGCAGCGAUAUAGCCAGGAAGUCAUUCAAGAAACAACUCAGGAAGAGCUUAAAAAAGCGCGCGCCUGAUGAUUCGAGCCUCAAAGGCUUGUUUCCGAAAACGGCCGAAGAGAAUCUCAGGGUCGACGACACUCCUAAACUUGAACCGAAAAAGGAGAAGGCCAGUUUGGAUAUACCAUCCUUUCCCCAAGUCAGCGUAGUCGUGGAACCUCCGUCGCCUUCGCACAGUGAAGACAAGAAAAGCAUCAAGACAUGCGUCAGUCGGAUGGCAUCGGUUUUGAGCGACAUUUUCGACCAAGCUACCGACACUUUAAGCGUGAAUUCGCCUGAGCCUAGCAUAGGAGUCGCGCGGGAAAGGAGACAGUCCGACAACCCGAAAUUACUCAGCUCGGAUCCGGAGUAUGGAAAAUUCUUAAGCUGUUCACCGGCAGCUACCAGACGGAUAUCCUGCGGGAGUCUCUACAAGCCAGGGGAACCGGACAACAGGCUUUCGACAUCCGUAUCCUCAAUAUGGGGCGAGAGUGGUGCCACAGCGAACACGGGCAGCUCCUCAAAAUCGGAAAGCUGCGAAAAGGCCAGGAAAUUGCCCAUAAUCAAUCCCCUGGUGCAGCUACCGGCUUGGCCACACGUUACCCAGGGCUUCAUCAGUCAAUGUCUGCUCGCAAACGCGGAUGCCCUUUGCGCGGCGGUGAGUCCCCUCAUGGACCCCGACGAGACCUUGCUGGAAGGUUUCUACGAAAGAGCCGUCAUGAAUAAUUACUUUGGAAUCGGUAUUGAUGCAAAAAUAACCCUGGACUUCCAUAAUAAGCGGGAAGAGCAUCCGGAGAAGUGUAGGUCAAGAGCCAGGAACUACAUGUGGUACGGCGUUUUGGGAUCGAAGGAAUGGGUCAACAGAACGUACAGGCACUUGGGUCAAAGGGUCCAGUUGGAGUGCGACGGUCAGAGGAUACCCCUCCCGGAGCUGCAGGGAAUCGUCGUUCUGAACAUACCCUCCUUCAUGGGCGGGACGAACUUCUGGGGCGGCACCAGAGCGGAUGACAUAUUCCUCGCGCCAUCAUUCGACGAUAGAAUACUUGAAGUGGUGGCAGUUUUCGGUUCAGCCCAAAUGGCAGCUUCGCGUCUGAUCAACCUUCAGAAACACCGCAUCGCCCAGUGCCGGGCCGUUCAGAUUAACAUUCUCGGCGAAGAGUGCGUACCGGUCCAAGUGGACGGUGAAGCCUGGCUCCAGCCCCCGGGGUGCGUCAGAAUCAUACACAAGAACCGGGCGCAGAUGCUGUGUCGAUCCAGAGCCUUGGAGACAAGCCUACGGACGUGGGAUGAGAAGCAACAGUUGAAAGCCCACGCUUUGGCCGGCUCUGGUACUAAUGUCAACGCGAGCGCUUCCACCAGCGGCCGUGACGUCCUACUGGCUGCCGAGAGCGCCCAACUCUUGGCGCUACUUGAUGACAUCAACACCCUCGUCAAACACGUGAAGUUGUCCUGUAUCAGCGAGAGCGCGGUGUCGGGCGGCGUGUGCAGCGCGGUGUCCAUUGCGCGCCGCGUGUCCGCGCAGGCCGACGCGCUGCAGGACGCCGACGGAAAGCUCCUCCCGGCCCCUCAACUGAGGAGACAUCUCGCUACUUUGGUGGAAAGCUGUCACGAGCUGCUGGAGAGCGGCGGCGUGUCGGGCGCCGGCGCCGCCGCCGCCGCCUCGCUGCGGGCACACCUCGCCAGGUGCGAGCUUAGAGACGGACACGCCUACCUGCACGCGGACGAGAUCCCAAAGAAAGGCCGCUGGCUCCGGGGUCGGAGGAGCGUCUCAGAAGGUCCGACCACAGUCGCUGCAGUGCGCUCGUGGGGCGUCAAGGAAGUUCAGAACUGGCUUGAGUCACUCCAGCUCGGGGAAUAUGCUGACGCGUUUACGAAGCACGACGUGACGGGGCGAGAGCUCUUGUCCUUGGCCAGGAGGGACCUCCGGGACCUUGGAGUGACUAAGGUAGGUCACGUGAAGAGAAUCCUUCAGGCAGUCAAGGAGCUGCAGUGACAACGGCGCGGCCGCUCCGAGGGAGACGGCCACAGUUAAUCUAUGUAUCUUUUGUGAUCUCUGAUGCCUAACUUCCUAUUUGUGAUUUGAUAUUUAUUAAAAAAGAAGAUUUUCUAUUAAAUUACUAUUAAUUAGCUUUCACUACGCUUAAUAAAAUUAUGAUUUGUACAUAUAUAAACUGUACCCAUGUAAACACCACUUUUAUAAUU